AUGGCGCAGACUGAGGUGGAGGGCUUGAAGGUGAGCACGAAGAAGAGCGGAAAGAGGAAGGCGAAGGAGUCAAGCGAUGAAGAGGAAGUACCGACCGUCAAGCCGCCAAAGAAGAAGUGUGUGACAAAGGAAUACAAGACCAAGGAGUUCAUCGAAAGCGAAGAUGAGACUCCGGCACCGCCUUCUAAUCUACCCGCCAAGACCGCAGGGGACUCUAACAAUGGUGUUGCAAAGACGAAUGCCCCUGCCAAACCUGUCAAACAGACAAUGAGGAUCACGGCGUCGCCUCAUGUCGCACCGAAGGCGAAGGUAAAGGGGAAGGCAAAGGCGACGGCGAAGGGGAAGGCGACGGCGAAGGCGAAGGUGACAGUGUCGCAGAAGGACAUGUGGAAAAAGACGUCCACCCGCGUGUCUGACUUCAUGUGGGCACAUGCAACAGAUUCGCUCGUCCCUUGCAUUGGCUGCCAGGAGAAAGAGUGGCCAUGCAAGCUCAACACCGCCAACUUCGGUCGCUGCCUCGAAUGUGCAGCACGAGGCUGUGAGUUCCAAGAGAUGUGCGCAGCACUGGUGGUAGAGGGCAAGCCACUGCCAACGUCGCCACCUCCAUAUGACGUCAAGGUCGACUUCGAUGAGCCCGACGGUGCAGAACCCAUGGUCAUGGGAGCGUCGAAGCGCAAGCCGCCGAAGAAGACCAAGACGCGCAAUGCUGUGGCAUCCAGCUCCAAGGUCAAGGGUGGCGAGGAGGUUGAGGCGACGAAGCAGAAGGUGACCGUCACGCCCAAUGAAGCCAACACUGAAGGCGAGGCCUCGGUGGAGAAAUCGUCGAAGUCCAAGCGUGCCACCAAGUCCGCCACCACCACUGGAGCUGUGGCUCUGUCAAACUCUGGCGAGGUCGCCAACUCUGGCAAGGUCUCCAAGUCUGGCGCGCCUGCCAAGUCUGGUGCGGUCGCCAAACCUGGCGAAGGUAAGAAGUCAGGACCCAAGCCAAAGCCGGUGAGGAGCCAAAACUCAGGUGCACAAGAUGGUGGCGAGGUCACCAGGACCUCAGUACGUGAGGCGGAUGAGGUCCCGCCUGCCAAGUCUGUUGCGAAGGAGGGCGGGCAGACGACAAGGUUGGCGAUGGGAGGUCGCUCGGGCCCAAUGGUGCCCGUGAUCACCAGGAAGGUGAAGGCGAGUGCUCAGAAGGCAGCAGCCAAGAUGCCUCUGGCGGAAGGCGAUGGCAUGGAGGAAGCCGCCAGGCUGGCAAUAGAGGCGGUGCGGGCUAUGGCCUUCCAAACAGGGCCAGCUGCUCCGCCGCAAGCUAGCAGCAGCAAGCGCAUGCUGACACCAGUCGCCGAUGAACCAGAGGAUGCGCCAGAGUAUCAGGCAGAGGUGGCGGAGGAUGAGCGCGCGUCCUUGGAGUGGCCACACGAUGAUCGGCGGCGUUCGCUGCUGAUGCCCCAUGAGAUGAGCGCAGGAGCUGCCGAGGUGGCACAGGAGGUGACACCCUCCCUGGAGAUAUCCAAGGCGUCGAAGGGAGCGAAGUCCUCCACAUUGGCGAAGGCAGGACAUCUCGAUGAAGGGCGAAGGCCAGCUAAGAGGGGUGCCCCACUGGACCGCAAGGCAGCGAAGAAGGAGGCGGAGGCGAAAAUGGAUGCAAAGGCGAACCACCUCAGAGCAGUGCCUCCAACCAGCAAGGCACCCCACUUGCGCGACGUCCAGCGAGUGUCUACAGGAAGUCCCACUCCGGUGAACGAAGGCGACACCCCCAGUGGCGAAGAAACCUUGCAGUCAUCCAACGAUGACUGCACGAAUUGUGCCGAGUUGCGACAGGAGUUUCUGGUGCACAAGGAUGGGAUGGAAGUUCAAUUCCAGGAGAGGAUGGCGGACCUCAACACCAUCAAGGCAGAGAUCACAGCGGUGCUCCAGUGA